AAGGUCAAUGACUAAUCAAAGUCAAUAUUCAAUUAUGGAUCCGUGGCUGUGUUGUCAAACAGGCGUUUCGGUUUCGGAAAAUAAUACAAAAUUUGAGUUUGAGGACAAUUUCACACCCACUCUAGAUAACAGAUUACCUGAUUCUGAAGAAUAUCUUGCCGUAUUAGAAGAAAAACUAAAAAAAAUAAAAGCAGAUCCGAAUAUUUUGGCGCAAUUGGUUGCAAAAAGGGAGGCGUGUAUGCAAGAAUUACUUAACGGUGUUAAUGGUAACGGUUUAAAACACGUAGAUGAUCACAUUUUAGAACUUGACGAACCUAUUUCAAAUUCGCAAGUAUUACGGGCGAUAGCUCCUCAAAGACAGGCUAUAAAUCAGGGCGAAGUUGUAGAAUUCAUUAAAUACGACCAACUAGAGUAUGAAGACAGCGAUUCUUCAGUAAAUAGGAGUGAAGACUCUUAAUUGAUCUAAUAGUGUAUAAUAUGAAACCAUUAUUAUUUUUAUUGAAGUUAGCUUGGGAUAGUAGAUAUCGUCUUCCAAUUCUUAUAACAGUGGGUUUCAUGGUGUUAGAUGUAAGAAUGCAGUUGGACAUCAACGUUCAAACUAGAAGAAUACCACGAACAAGACGCCCGCCACCUGUGAUACAAAUACACGAGGCAGAUAAUAGAGAACAAAAUGAUAUUUCGGAUAACGUUUCGAACGGUACAU